AUGUCUGGAUACUAAAGAACUUAUUAAAGUUCGUAUACGUCUUAAAGAUUUGCGUCAGAUUCAAUCUAAAAGGAGUUGAACGUUCCAGGAUAUGAAACAAGAGUGAGAUAUAAAAAUGAUUUGGGAAAACGAUAAAAUCAGGAAUUAGAUAUUGCAUGCUUUUUAAUGGCAGUCGAGGUAGAAAGACUUGUUCGAGAAAAUACAUAAUUGAAAUAGGAGAUUCAAAAUUUUAUAGACUCAGGAUUAGAUCGAGUCAAUUAUGAGAUGUAAAUAAGGGAUUUAAUGGAAAAAUUGAAAAAUCAAACAUUUGAAGUAAAUAGCUAUUCUGAGGAGCGUGAAAGACUUGUGAUAAUAAUCAGAGAGUUGGAAGAUGAAAUUAGAAGACUGGAAGAGCAAUUAAAGGAUUAUGAUCCAAAUUGGAGAAAAUCAUAAAGAGAUUUAGAAUUGCAAUUACAAUUAUAAAAUAAACUCUUUGGAGGGAAGGCGCCUGAAGAAAUUUCAAAAGAAUUAGAAGAGCUAAGAAAAAAAGCAAAGAUUUUAGAUGAUUUGCAGAAGAAAAUAGGAGCCAAAGGUCCAGAUGAAUUAUUAAAAGAAUUAGAAAAUUUGAAAAAAAAAGCAUAAUAAUUUGAUGAUAUUAAUAAAAAGUUGAAUGGCAAGAAUUUUUCAGAUUUAGAAAAGGAAUUAGAAAAAUUGAGAUAAAAAGCUGAUAAAUUUGAUGAAAUCAGCAAACAAUUCUCAAAUCCAUCUGACAUUCAAAAAGAACUUGAUUAAUUAAAAAAAAAGGCUGCAGAAUUGGAUAAAUUGAAAACUCAAUUGAAUAACUAAAAUCCUGAUUAAUUAUUGAAGAGCCUUGAUGAAAAUAAAAAAUAAUUGUAAUCAAAAGAUAGAGAAAUUGGAGAUUUAAAGAGACUUCUAUCUGAACUGCAAUAGAAUUAAGGUUCAUAUGAUGAUUAAAUCAGACUCUUGUAACAAAAGAUAGAUGAAUUAGAAGAAAAGGUAGUUGGUUUGGCUUAAGAGUUAUCUAGAUAUAAAAUGCUAUUAAAGGCAAAAGAUGAUGAACUUAAUAAAUUAUAGUUGUUGUUUAGAGACAGUGAAACAAGACUUGCAUAAAUGAAUAAUGAAUUGCAAAGAUCAAAGAAUGAUCUAUAAAGAGCAUAAGGAGAUCUUUAGAGAGCAUAAGGAGAUCUGUAGAAAGCGUAAGGAGACUUAAGAAAAGCUUAAACUGAUUUAUCUAGAUCUUAAUAAGAAAAUCAAAAUUUGAAAUAACAAUCAGACGAUUUAAGGAGGUAGAAUCAAGAAUUAGCAUAGGAAAAUAAUAACUUAUAAUAAGAUUUAGAAAAUUAAACUUAAAAUUUAGGAUAACUAGAUGAAAUAAAAGAUUAGCUCAAUGAAUUACAAGAUGAGAAAAAUUAAUUAAAUGACAAGGUUUCAGAUUUAUAAAAUAAUCUAAAGGAAAAGCAGAGAUUAUUCGAUUAAAAGUAAAAGGAAUUAGAAGAUGCCUUAAAAAGAGUAAAGGAUUUGGAGGCUAAGUUGUUGGAAAUGGAUCACUAUAUUGACACUUUGGAAGACGAUUUGUAAAAGUUUGAGAAAGACAAUCAACAAUUAAAUAGAGAAGCUGGAUAAAAGCAAUUGGCUGAUAGAGAAUUAGAAAGAUUAAGAGGGUUGUUAGAUCAAAUGAAAAACUAAUAUGAUUAAUAACAAAAGGAAUUAGGAAAACUGAAAAACAAUCUUGAUCAAAUGAGAGAUUUGUAAGAUGAACUUGCAUAAGCUAAAUCAGAAUUAGAUAGAGCAAAUUCUGUUAUUGCAUAAUAAUAAGAUGAAUUAGCUUAGAAAGAAAAUGAGAUCUCUUAGUUGGUUAGAGAAGUUUAAAAUUUAGAGGAAUCUAAUAAUUAAUUGUAGGAUUAGAAUAAUAAUCUGUAAUAAACAUUGCAAGAAUAAUAAGCAGUAACUAAUGGAAAUCAGGAAGAAUUGACUAAAUUAAGGAGAAUAGCUGAGGAUUAUAAGGAAAAGAUCAGAUAAUUAGAAUUAAAGUUUAAUGAAUAUUCGAAUAUGGAGGAGAGACUUAAGUAAUCGGAUCAUAGAAUAGCAGUGUUAAUGACUGAAAUAGAGAGAUUAAAUUCUUUGGUGAAACAAAUAACAUCUGAAACUGAAGAUUGGAAAUAGAAGCAUUCUAGAAUAGAAUUGGCUCUUUUGGAGUAUAGAUAAAUUGAGAAGACUAAUCGAGACGCUGUGAAUAAGAAUCAAUAAUUUAUAAAUGAAAUAGAGAGAUUAAAGAAACUAUUGGAAGCAAAACAUAUUGAAUUAUUGUAAACUAUUGAAAGAUGCGAGCUCUUGGAGUCCUAACAACAGACUUUAAUGAACUAGGUUUAAGAUGCCUUAAAGAAAGCUGACACUGGAGAUGAGAUUUUGCUUUAGUAUCUUUUGAUUGCAGCUGAAAACGAAAGGUUGUCAGGGAUUCUAUAGCCAAUGUAAGAGAAAUUCAAUUAAUUGACCACCCAAGUAAAAGAAAUGACUGUUAAAUAUACUGAAUUAUAAAAUAAAACGUUAGGAAUAGAUUUGGAUGAGUAUGAGAGAUUGAAGAAAUUGAUAAUUGAAUAUGAAAAUAAGAUAGCAAUGCUUUCACUUGAAAUUUAGAGAUUAAAAGCGAAAACAAAUAUUCUGGAUAAAAAUGGGCAAUCAGGUAAUUUUGGUAGUAAUAAUAAUAUUAACAUUUAAUACAAUAGUUCAAUGUUCCAAUCAAAUGAGGACUUGUCUAACAAAAUUACUGAUUUAUUGUGUUUGGUUGCAAUGAUGUCAGCAGAAUUGGAUGUCUUAAGAAGUAACAACGAGAAGCAAGUUCAACAAUAGUUAGUAAAUUAGUAUAGAUAAAAUACUGAAGUUACAAACAUUUAGACAGUUCAAUCAGUUGAAACUACGUCGGGAUUCUCUUACUAGAGGAUUUCUUAAAAUAGAAAGUAUUGA